CUCUGUUAGACGGCGUUGGAAAAUACAGCCAACCAGGACGCAACCGUGCGCCUUUUUCAAUACAGUAGUGCCGGCAGUUUGAUUGUUAAUAUAAUUUGAGCAUGUGAUUGUUGUGUUCAGUUUAGUUUAAAUUGUGAGUUUCUUUAUAUGACGUAGACAUGUGUAAAAUAUUCGGUUAAUUCGAGUUUAAAAGUUUGGAAAAGCAGUGUAAAUAUGAAGAACCCAAAUUUGUUCCUGCUUGUGGUCAUCGGCCUUAUUAAAAAUUCAGCAUCCGAAUGUAGACACGACCAGUUCAGGUGCGGGGAUGGAAAAUGCAUUUCCAAAACGUUUCAGUGCAAUCGCGUAUACGAGUGCUUAGACCAAUCUGACGAACGAGACUGUACGACGAAAAGAUGUGCGCCCCACGAAUGGAAAUGCCAGGACGGCAACUGCAUAGACCAAAUCUUCCGCUGUAACCAACGACCCGACUGCCCUGACCGUUCGGACGAAAUCGGGUGCAUUACGUGUAACGACCGGACCGAAUUCCGCUGUCACAACGGAACAUGCAUUAACUUGAGCAGACGAUGCGAUUCUAGAGGCGAUUGUAACAAUAGCGAAGAUGAAGAAAACUGUCCAACACCUUUUGGUCGUUGUCCUGAAGACGAGUUUCAAUGCCAAGGAGGUUUUUGCAUUUCGGGUUACAAGCAGUGUAACGGUUAUUACGACUGUCCCAAUGGGGACGAUGAGGAUAAUUGUCCCUUUACUGCUCUUCCUCCUACAGUCGAGCCAGAAUUGAAUUGCAAGGAGGAGCAACAUAAAUGCAAAGUUAAUGGAACCACUACGUGUUUGCCUCUCGAAAAAAUAUGCGAUGUAAAUUUCGAUUGCGAUGAUCAUUCUGAUGAAAGUGAUGAUGUAUGUGAAGAUGUAGAUGGUGAUAAUGGUGAUUAUGACUGCCAAAACAACGAGUUUAAAUGCCUAAACGGCUUCUGCGUGCAAGGUAGGCCUUGCGAUGGCCGAUACGAUUGUGAUGACGGAUCAGAUGAACAAAACUGUCCCUGUACGGAAUAUUCAUUUAGAUGCGCUGACGGCAGAAAUUGCGUUAAUGAAACUCUACACUGUAACCAUAGACCAGAUUGCCCAGAUGGGUCUGAUGAGUUUAACUGCGUCGCAUGUCCUGGUGACCAGUUCAGUUGCGAUGGUACUUGCCUUCAAAGGGAACGUGUUUGUGACGGUCGAGUAGACUGCAUUGAUGGAUCUGAUGAGUACAGCUGCCCAACCAAUCCGCCUCAUAUAGCCUGUCAACCCCAUGAAUUUUCAUGUGGAAACGAUACCUGCAUUGAUGCUAGAAAGCACUGUGACCACAUAUAUGAUUGCUUGAAUGGAGAAGACGAACUAGAUUGCGAGUGCCCAUCAAACGAACUAUCUUGUGGUGAUGGAACAUGUAUUUCAAUGGACAAAAAAUGCGAUGGACGUAAUGAUUGUUCCGAUGGAAGGGAUGAAGGAAACUGCCCUGAACCUCCAACCACAUAUCCAUCAUACAUACCACCACAACAAUGUGGCGAGUAUGAAUAUAGAUGUGCCAAUGGCAAUUGCAUAGACGAUCGCAGGCGUUGUGAUGGAUAUGACGAUUGUCGUGACAACUCAGACGAAUCAAAUUGUGUACUCACAACUACCUAUCGACCAUACAUACCACCAGCACCAUGUAGCGAACAUGAAUUCAGAUGUGCCAAUGGCAAUUGCAUAGACAGUCGCAGACGUUGUGAUGGAUAUGACGAUUGUCGUGACAAUUCAGACGAAUCAAAUUGUGAACCCACAACCACCUAUCGACCAUACAUACCACCAACACAAUGUAGCGAAUAUGAAUUCAGGUGUGCCAAUGGCAAUUGCAUAGACAAUCGCAGACGUUGUGAUUUAUAUGACGAUUGUCGUGACAAUUCAGACGAAUUAAAUUGUGAACCCACAACCACCUAUCGACCAUACAUACCACCAACACAAUGUAGCGAGUAUGAAUUCAGAUGUGCCAAUGGCAAUUGCAUAGACAGUCGCAGACGUUGCGAUGGAUAUAACGAUUGUUAUGACAAUUCAGACGAAAACUGUGCUACAAAUCCCCCCCGAAGAGAAUGUAAUAGAAAUCAGUUUACCUGUCAAAAUGGCCAGUGCAUAGAGAGCGAUUUGAAAUGUGAUGGAAGAGCGGACUGCUCAGAUUUUUCAGAUGAGCAAAGAUGCGGUGAAGAGGAAGGAAAACUUAACAUCAAAGUAUAUCCAAGUCAACAAGAAAUAAAUGAAAAGAACAAUAGACCGCUUCCUUCCGGAUCCAGAGAUAUUAACGGAAGAUUGGAAAUGCCAGAAAUUAAAGUCGAACACGGCGGAACUUACAUCUGUCAAGUUGUUGGUUCUUAUUCUCCAUCGCAAGGAGUGCAGACCAUCCCUGUACAUUUGAAAGUGAACAAAUGGGCACGACCACAACUACCACCACGUCCAGAAUGUGCCAGUCCCUUCCAAACUCGUUGUGCUAACGGGGAGUGUAUUAAUAAAUCUCAAGUUUGCAAUAAUGUAAGGGAUUGUACUGAUGGCUCAGAUGAAAGUAGAUGCGAUCCUGACGGUUUAUGCGAGCCCAACGAGUUCACCUGCGGCAACAAAAAAUGCGUCUUGGUGACAUGGGUGUGCGACGGAGACGAUGAUUGUGGUGAUGGAAGCGACGAACAAAGUUGCCCCGUGGCGCCUCCAAACAGCAUGUGCCAGAAUCACCAGUUCGAAUGCGCCAACAAGGCCCAAUGCAUACCCAAGGGAUACCAUUGCGAUAUGGAGAACGACUGUACCGAUGGAAGUGACGAAUGGGGAUGUGCCUCUCCGGUUAUCUCAAGACUUCCUCAACCAAUGGUUACAUUGCAACCAGGGGAAACUUUCACAGUAAAUUGUACAGCAGUCGGUGUUCCGGUACCACAAAUAGUGUGGCGUUUGAAUUGGAAACACAUUCCUGAAAAAUGUUCAUUCACCAACGAUAAAGGUACUAGCGUUUUGACGUGUCCAGAUAUUCAAGAAGAAGAUCAAGGAGCAUAUUCUUGCGAGUCAAUUAACAUUAAGGGUUCCAAGUUUGCCACACCCGAUACUAUUUUGAUUGUGCAAGGGGAGAAUGUAUGUAGACCUGGUUACUUUAACGCAGCAGCCAGGGAUGCUUCUGAGUGUAUUAAGUGUUUCUGUUUUGGUCAUGCUGUUUCAUGUACAUCUGCAGAUCUAUACAUAUUCCAGUUACCAGCACCUUUCGCCACCUUAAACCUAUUGGGUGUAAGUGUGAAUCCCAAUAAUGGAGAUGUUCAAGUUAGAGAUGAACCGAUUUACAGAGGCGUAAAACCUUCGUUAAAUGCAGUGGGUCGCAAUGGAGUACAAGUAUCGUUACCACCCCAUAUUCAAUCCGAUCAGGACAAUUUAUAUCCUUACUUUACAAUGCCUGAAAACUAUCACGGACCACAACUUAACAGCUACGGCGGAUAUCUCAGAUAUAACAUCGAGCAUUCAAACAGAGGUUAUCCUACUAGAGGCCCUGAUGUUAUUCUUUCUGGUAACGGUUACACCCUCCUACACGAAUCCAGACAAGAAAGACCAAGAGAAUUCGUCACCACACGUAUGGAAGUCAGAUUCUUUGCUGGCGAAUGGAUGAAAGUUGAAAAUGGACGUCAAAUACCCGCUACAAGAGAGGAAAUCAUGAUGACUCUUGCCAACGUAGAGAACAUUCUAUUGAAAGUAAAAUACAACGAAGAAGGCCAAUUGAACACUACCAUCAGGAAUAUAGAGAUGGACUCAGCUGCUUCUCCAAACUUAGGACUUGGUGCAGCCAGCUAUGUUGAGGAAUGCAGCUGCCCAGCUGGUUAUACUGGACAUUCUUGCGAGAAAUGUACUGAUGGUUUUGUAAGAUCCAAAAAUGGCCCAUGGUUAGGCCAAUGCAUAGAAGUGAGUCGUCAAGAAUGCCAACCAGGCGAAUACGGAGACCCAUCAAGAAAUAUACCAUGCGAACCGUGCCCAUGUCCAUUCACCAACCCGGGACAACAGUUUGCAAGGACUUGUUCGCUGCAUUCUGACGGCGAUGUUGUAUGUCAUUGCCAACCUGGUUAUCAAGGCAGAAGAUGUGAAGUUUGUGCACCUGGGUACCAGGGUAAUCCCUUGAGUGGUGGUACCUGUAGUCCUGAGACCCCUAGAACGUGCAGUGCUGGGGCUAUACAAACUGCCGAUGGACGUUGUGAAUGCAAGCUGUUCACCACCGGACCAACUUGUUCUGAAUGUAAGCCAAACUCCUUCCAUCUCAGCAGCGAUAACGACUUUGGAUGCAUACCUUGCCACUGUAUGGGCAUUACAGAUCAAUGUACAAGUUCCACAUGGUUCAGAGAAAAGAUCUACUCCCAAUUCACAAGAUCCAACCAAGAGUUCAAUCUCGUCGAAAAAGAAGACCUUGGCUCACCUUUGCCUGUAGAUUUCAACGCUACAAACAGAGCCAUUACAUACGGUGCGUUCCAAAGUUCGAAGACGUACUAUUGGUCGCUACCUUCGAGGUAUCUAGGAAACAAAAUAACGGCUUACGGAGGCAAAUUGCGGUACAAAUUGAAACAUAGUCCGGUUCCUGGUGGCCAAUCGUCCAGAAAUUCAGCUCCUGAUGUUUUAUUGGUCAGCGCUGAUAAUAACAUAAAGUCGAUGUAUUUCUCUAAGGAACAACCUGAUCCGUCCAACCAACCGCAAUCGUUUGAAGUACCGAUGUUUGAGCAGUACUGGCAGAGACACGAUGGACAAAAUAUUAACAGAGAUCAUUUAUUGGCGACUUUGGCGGAUUUAUCCGGAAUUUACAUCAAGGCUACUUACUACACAAACACCAGAGAAGCUUCGUUGAUAGAAGUAUCUCUAGAUAUCGCAGUGGAUAGAAAUACGGGUCUUGAAAGAGCAUAUGCAGUAGAACAAUGCCAAUGCCCUGCGGGUUACAAAGGAUUAUCCUGCGAAGAUUGCGACGUCGGUUACAGCAGGAUCAUAAGUGGAAUAGGUUUAGGGCAAUGUAAACCAUGCGAAUGCAACGGAAACUCGAACGAAUGUGAUCCAGAUUCCGGGGAGUGCAAGAAUUGCAGAAAUAACACCACUGGAGACUCUUGCGAGGAUUGUUUACCUGGUUAUGAUGGCGAUGCUUUAGUUGGCGAUUGUAGACCUUCUGGAGGAUCACAGAUUGGAUGCAGAUGUGAUCCCAGAGGAUCUUUGUCUACUGAUUGCUCUUAUGGCACCUGCAGAUGCAAGAAUAAUGUCGAAGGGCCAAACUGCGAUACAUGUAAGCCAAAUACUUUUGGUCUAAGCGCUAACAAAUCACAAGGGUGUGAUGUUUGCUUCUGCUUCGGUAUCAACACUUACUGCGUUGAAAGUAACUUGUACGUUGAGCAAAUACCGAGUCAAAUUUUCGAUGAGAGCCAGCACGGAUUUAUCCUAACAGACAUGGAUCGUCUUGAUAGAAUUAACGAGAACUUCCAAAUUUACCCGGCUGUGAAUGAAAUUUCCUACACGUUUGGACCAGGUGAAAGAACCACGUGGUUUUGGUCGCUACCAUCACCCUUUACAGGAAACCACAUAACUUCUUAUGGAGGUAGAUUGGAAUUCACUCAAAGAUACACUCAAUACCCUGGAGGAAGACACGUCCAAGACAGAGACGUCAUCAUCAACGGCCGCAAAAUAUCUUUGAUCUGGACCAAUCCCAAUGAACAAUACGAAAAUAGCAGAAAUCUUGUCUCGGUCGUCUUAUUACCAGAAGGAGGCUGGAGACGCAUUGACCAAACUGGAACCACCAUGGCGUCUCGUGAAGAUCUUUUGACAGCUCUGUCAGAUAUUGAUUCUAUCUUAAUUAGAGCUUCGCAGUCCAGCGAGACCGAAUCCACAUUUAUAAGUGACUUGGUCUUGGACACAGCUGUCGAACAGCCAACAACCAAAGGCAGAGCGACCUACGUGGAAACGUGUGGCUGCCCUGAAGGUUACAGAGGAACUUCCUGUGAAUCUUGCGCUUCCGGUUACUACCGCGACGUGAAUGAUUACAGUCAACCUUUGGGAUCCUGUAAAAGGUGUCCAUGCAACGGAAACGAACAAGGCUGCUCUGUGGGACCAGAUGGUGUAGUUCAAUGUCAUUGCAAACCUGGUUACGGCGGACAAAAGUGCUCACCAGGAACUUUAGUUUUGGAGCCGACUUUUAUAGUGCGACCUUAUGGAUCGAAAGUAAAUUUCACGUGUACUUACUACGGCGAUUUUAAUUACGAAUUCAUUGUAUCGCCCCCGCGUUUAAACUUGAACCCUACUAUAUUGAGGGAUAAUCUUAAAACGCAACUUCUAUACGAGCUAGAGGUGAAACAGUGCCUGGUCAAUGUAACAUGUUCUUUGCUAUAUAAAAACGGCACCUUUUUCCAACAUGUGACUUCGCAGUUAUACCCAGGUUUGAAACAACGAAGACCAGCAAAUGACCCAGCUCCUGAUACAAAAACUACCCCGGCUCCCCCUACAAUCUUAGUCAGCAUUUCUACCCCAGGAAUUGCUAUUUUCGCUGUGGGAGGCACAGUGAGAUACAAUUGCUCGGCAAAAUCAGUGCAAUAUCCUAGGACCGUCAAAGUACUAUGGAACAAAGAAGACACACCAUCUCUACCGGACAGAGCCAUUGACGAUGGUGAAGGUAUUUUAACAAUCACAGACCUUAGAGAAACCGAUUCUGGAAACUACAUUUGCGAAGCCUAUGAUGGUUACAACAUUGUUACCAAUCAUGUAAAACUUGUUGUUGGAGGCUACGUAAGAGCCUUAAGCGGACAACCCGUUCAAAUAAACUGCUAUUCCAACGGUUACCCAGCUCCCGAUUUGAGAUUGGAAAGGGCUGAUGGCAGCCCGAUCACAAGGGAAUUCACGUUUGUAAACGGGGAGUUUAGAAUUUUAGAGGCACACAAAUCUGACGAAGGCCAAUACAGAUGCAUUGGAGUAAAUAGAGCCGGUUCUAGCUACGCCGACUUUACCAUUCAAGUCCAAGAAACUAGCUCUGUUAGUGUGAUGAUUGAGCCAAGAUUUUUAUCUCGUAAACAAGGCGACACCAUAUUCUUGAUGUGCAGAGCUCAGGGUUCGGCGGAUGUUAGAUGGUCUAAAGAAGAUGGAAGACUUCCUUACAACUCCAGGGAGGAUAACAAGGGGCAGUUGACUAUAUCUGAUGCCCAAAUUGCUGACUCGGGCGUGUAUGUUUGCAGAGUCACAACUUACUCUGGUAGCACCGGUUUUGAAUCAGCGCAGGUCGAAAUCACGCCGAACUUCGAAAAAGGCGAAUCUCCACAAGUGAAAAUCUCGAACAGUUCUGUAAGUGUUAACCAGGGACGCACUGUUGAGAUUGAGUGUGUAGCCAGGGGAGUGCCUGCACCAACUAUUAAAUGGACGAAAUUGGGUGCAGUUUUCGGACCAAAUACCCAACAAGUUGGCAAUAUGUUGGUUAUAACAGACGCCAGGGAGGAGGAUACAGGUACUUAUAUCUGUGUUGCUGAAAAUGGUAUUGGACUUACACAAGAUCACGCUUACGUCAAUGUUGCCAGAGUGGAAAUGCCAAGAAUCUCCAUCUGGCCGGAAACAACAAAAACCAUCCUCGAAGGAAGUGCCGACAACAUUCAAUGCAGAGUAUUGAAUGGAGAUCCAAGAACUGAAAUAACCUGGACAAGAACAAACGGAUUACCUUUGGGUCCAAACGUAGAAAUCCAAUCGAAUGGAAUUCUAAGAAUAACCCAUGCAACCAGACAAGACGAAGGUGGAUACAUUUGUAGAGCCAGAAACCAAGGAGGGGAAACUACCGCAACUGCAAAUAUCAUCAUACACAUAGCACCAGGUGUAAAUAUUUAUCCUGCAGGAGAUAUCAUCGAGAAAAAAGUUGGAGAAUCGUUGAGAUUGGUAUGCACAGGUUUCGGCAUUCCUGGACCAAAUGUGGUUUGGGCUAAUCAAAAUGGGGGCUACUUCGAAGGAAGUACUCCAAAUGUUCACACUCCUGAGGCGAUUAAAGAGUUUUAUAAACUAACCAAACAAGAUGAGGGUGUUUACAGUUGCACAGCUACAAGUCCUAUUGGACAAAAUAGGAAAUUCGUGCGAUUGGUGGUUCACGAUUUACCCACCCGUGGUGACAUAACAGGUGAAGAUCAGUCAUCAUCAAAUCCAGGAUACAAAGAUUUAUACCCGCCUCAGCGUCCUUAUCACCAAAGAGUUGUUUCCGCAGUAGGACGUCCAGCCCAACUAAAAUGCAGAGUUGACAACCGAAUUGAUAUUAUUUGGUUACGCGGUGAUAAUUCUUCUGUACCCAGAGAAGCUUACAUCAAACAAGACACGUUAUAUUUCGAUAAUGCUCAACCUUCAUCAGCUGGCGAAUACAAAUGUAUUGGAUUAGACUCUCAAACUAAAAGAGAAUUGUUCAUGUUCUCUUGGUAUUUGGACGUUAUUUCUCCACCGAGGAUAACUCUUGACCCAGUAAGGCAGGUUGUGAGUCCCGGCCAGGACGCUUCGAUUCAAUGUACAGCAGUUGGUGAUCAACCAAUGCAAAUCUGGUGGACACCCAUGAAUCGCAGCAUGCCUUCUUCUGUCACCACAAAAGACGGUUUCAUGCAAUUUAGCAGAAUUCAGUUCCAAGAUCAGGGCAGAUACGUUUGCAGGGCUAGAAACAGCGCUGGUGAAGCUGAUGCCACAGCUGAUGUCAUUGUAGAAGAAAAUGUUCAAGGUCCGGGUAUAGUAGCAAACAAAAAACAAUUGAGAGCCUAUGUAGGCACAAACACGGAGCUGCGUUGCCAACCUCAAGACCCCAACGCAAGAAUCAAAUGGUACAGAGAAUCCAGAGUUUUGCCGAUUAAUUCCAGAGUAGACAGAGGUUCCUUGACCCUGUACAACGUUCAGCCGGAAGAUGGCGGCAGAUAUUACUGCGAAAUCGAAGGCGAACAAUCCAACGAUUUCACCGACUUGAUCAUAGACAAUUCCGGAGUAACGUGUAGUCAUGAAGAAUUCGUGUGCCGGAGUUUGGAGUGCAUACCCAAGUACAAGUUGUGCGAUUCAGUACCGGAUUGUCGCGACGGAAGCGACGAAAAGUUUUGCCCGGCCAGGAUACGACGUGGGCCUGCCCUUAUCGAAGCUGCUCAACCAACCCUUGACAUUUACCCAACCAAAGAAGAUUACAGAGCGGGCGAAACAGUGCAAAUUUCUUGUCACGCAAGCGAAAAAGGCGUAAUUACAACUUGGUCCAAACCAGGCAGUUUUAUAUCGGAGAAUGCGAAAAUUGAAGGUUCAAAUCUAAUAAUUUACGGUUUAAGACGGGAAAACGGCGGAAGAUACAGAUGCGAGGCUACCGGAUACCAAGGGGUGUACCACAAGGAUCAGUACAUCAAUGUUAUUGAAGAACAUAAAGACGAACCAAAAAUCCAAACCAAAACAGCCGUGAGAGGUACCACCAUACUACUGGACUGUAAUGUCACAUUACCAAGCCCUAUAACAUAUUUGUGGACCAAACAGGGUGGCCAACUGCCUCAAUCCGUCAAUAUAUACAACAGAUCCAUAAUUAUUCAUGACGUAGGAAGUAGCGAUGCUGGUACUUACAUUUGUGCAGCCAGCAGUGGAAAUCAAAAGAUAGAAACGCCCAUUAAAUUGACCGUCACUGGAAUCGUACCAUACUUUGCCCAAGCACCUAACAGCUACAUAUCACUACCAACGCUACCUGACGCGUUUGCUCAGUUCAGCUUCGAGAUUUCGUUUAAACCAGAGAAUGGGCAUGGCUUGAUUCUCUACAACGGAGAAGGUGGUAAUGACAGAAGCAAAGAUUUUAUAUCGUUAUCACUGGUUAAUUCAGUGCCAGAAUUCAAGUACAGUUUGGACCAAAAUACCGUCACAGUAUUGGGUGAUAGACCAAUUACCAACAGACAAUGGCACACAGUUAAAAUCGUACGCAACAGACGUAAAGUACUUAUGUACGUUGAUGGAGAGGGUCCAUUUAUUGGAAAUGCAGCUGGUAGACAUAUAGGUUUGAGCCUUAAAGAACCUCUUUACCUUGGUGGCGUACCAAACAUGAACCAAAUUCAUCCAGACGUCAAAAUGGACACAGGUUUCGUAGGAUGUAUAAGCCUCUUCAAAAACGGACAAGCCCAUUGGGAUAUCCAGAAGGAAGCCAUAGAGAAGUACAAGAUCACGUCGUGUGAAACUUGCGCUGAGAAUAAGUGCCAGAAUAACGGUGUUUGUCAGGAAAAUUUGUCCAAGGAAGGCUACACUUGCUUAUGCUCAAAUGCUUAUAGCGGACCUACUUGCAAUAAGCCCAAAGGACAAGCUUGUUCACCAAUGAUCUGUGGAAGCGGCAAAUGCGUCGACACUGAAGCCAGCUUCGAAUGCCAUUGUCCUAUAGGCUACUCAGGACCACGUUGCGAGAAAGAAAUAACCGUGAUUGAACCAUCGUUUAAAAACAACGCCUACAUCGCUUACCCAGCACCGAAAAUCCAGCGCCACAUCAAAAUCAUGAUGAAGUUCAAGCCGAAAACCGUAGAGGACGGAAUCUUGUUCUACGUAGCAGAAACUGAAGAAAAACACGGCGAAUUCUUGUCCUUGGCCAUCAAAGACAAGCAUUUGGAGUUCAGAUUCGAUGCGGGCAGCGGAAUGGUACUUUUGAGACAAGAAAACGAGUUGGUACCCGACGAAUGGGCAGUUUUGACUGCCACAAGGUUCAGUCAGAUGGCCAGGCUUGUGGUUAACGGUGCUUCAGUUAUUCACAACGACAAAAACAGAAAGGUUUUGAAUUUGUUCACGCCUGCUUAUGUUGGCGGAUACGACAAGGCUAGAGUCAAGUUGAACAGUGGAGUUGGAGUGGAAGAUGGGUUCAAUGGGUGCAUAUCUCAGGUAGGUUUUGCUUUUUUAUUUGCAGUGUGUGCCACUGAUGCAUCAAACGUAGAACAAUGCAUGGAAGAAGAAGAAGACUUCGACAACAACAUCUACACACCGUCCGGCAACACCGAAGGUCAUGACGUCACUUACACGCACACAGGGUGUUCCAGCAAUCCCUGUCAACACGGUGAAUGCUUCCCCCUAUCGCCUGUAGACUACCAGUGCAGUUGUAAGCAAGGGUAUAGCGGAAAGAACUGCGAUAUUUUGAAUUCGUGUCAAAAUGAUCCUUGUAAAAAUGGGGGAACUUGCAGAGAAACAUCUAGUUCAUACACUUGUGACUGUCUUUUAGGAUAUACCGGAGGAGAUUGUGACCAAAGAACUGAGCUGAGAAACGACGUACAUUUCGAUGGUGCGGGUUACUUGGAGUUCAGCAAGGAAUUGUUGGAAGAAAAAGAUACCAAUACAGAGCAAAUAAUAGCGAUGGAGUUGUCUACAAAUCAUAGCAAUGGUUUAAUAUUUUGGCAUGGUCAAAAACCAAAUGAAGACGGUCAAGGCAAAGACUACAUCUCUUUAGCCUUGGUAAAUGGUUACUUGGAAUAUAGCUACGAUUUAGGUUCAGGACCAGCUAUCAUAAGAAACUCCAAAGUCAAGGUGGAUGACAAUGAAAGACACAGCGUCAUUCUGAAACGUGUUGGUCAAAGAGGAUCGAUAGAAAUCGAUCAUCAAUACAUGGUAGAGGGCGAAUCUGAAGGAUUACAAGGAUUUUUAAACGCUCACGGCAAUAUUUACCUAGGAGGAACACCCAAUAUACCAUUAAUGACAAGCAAUAGGGUGCAAACCGGUUUUGUGGGCUGCAUCCAUGGGUUUGAGCUUCAAGAAUCUAGAACCAUCGAUUUAGGAGUUAGGGCUAUUAAUGGAGUCAACGCCAAGCCUUGUUCAAGAGAUAUUAACGGAAGAUUGGAAAUGCCAGAAAUUAAAGUCGAACACGGCGGAACUUACAUAUGUCAAGUUUUUGGCUCUUAUUCUCCAUCGCAAGGAGAGCAGACCAUCCCUGUACAUUUGAAAGUGAACAAAUGGGCACGACCACAACCACCACCACGUCCAGAAUGUGCCAGUCCCUUCCAAACUCGUUGUGCUAACGGGGAGUGUAUUAAUAAAUCUCAAGUUUGCAAUAAUGUAUGGGAUUGUACUGAUGGCUCAGAUGAAAGUAGAUGCAAUCCUGACGGUUCAUGCGAUCCCAACGAGUUCACCUGCAGUAACAAAAAAUGCGUCUUGGUGACAUGGGUGUGCGACGGAGACGAUGAUUGUGGUGAUGGAAGCGACGAACAAAGUUGCCCCGUGGCGCCUCCAAACAGCACGUGCCAGAAUCACCAGUUCGAAUGCGCCAACAAGGCCCAAUGCAUACCCAAGGGAUACCAUUGCGAUAUGGAUAACGACUGUACCGAUGGAAGUGACGAAUGGGGAUGUGCCUCUCCUGUUAUCUCAAGACCUCCUCAACCAAUGGUUACAUUGCCACCAGGGGAAACUUUCACAGUAAAUUGUACAGCCGUCGGUGUUCCAGUACCACAAAUAGUGUGGCGUUUGAAUUGGAAACACAUUCCCGAAAAAUGUUCAUUCACCAACGAUAAAGGUACUAGCGUUUUGACGUGUCCAGAUAUUCAGGAACAAGAUCAAGGAGCAUAUUCUUGCGAGUCCAUUAACAUUAAGGGUUCCAAGUUUGCUACACCCGAUACUAUUUUGAUUGUGCAAGGGGAGAAAGUAUGUAGACCUGGUUACUUCAACGCAGCAGCCAGGGAUGCUACUGAGUGUAUUAAGUGUUUCUGUUUUGGUCAUGCUGUUACAUGUAGAUCUGCAGAUCUAUACAUAUUCCAGUUACCAGCACCUUUCGCCACCUUAAACCUAUUGGGUGUAAGUGUGAACCCCAAUAAUGAAGAUGUUCAAGUUAGAGAUGAACCAAUUUACAGAGGCGUAAAACCUUCGUUAAAUGCAGUAGGUCGCAAUGGAGUACAAGUAUCGUUACCACCUCAUAUUCAAUCCGAUCAGGACAAUUUAUACCCUUACUUUACAAUGCCUGAAAACUAUCACGGACCACAACUUAACAGCUACGGCGGAUAUCUCAGAUAUAACAUCGAGCAUUCAAACAGAGGUUAUCCUAGUAGAGGCCCUGAUGUUAUUCUUUCUGGUAAGGGUUACACCCUCCUACACGAAUCCAGACAAGAAAGACCAAGAGAAUUCGUCACCACGCGUAUGGAAGUCAGAUUCUUUGCUGGGGAAUGGAUGAAAGUUGAAAAUGGACGUCAAAAACCCGCUACAAGAGAGGAAAUCAUGAUGACUCUUGCCAACGUAGAGAACAUUCUAUUGAAAGUGAAAUACAACGAAGAAGGCCAGUUGAACACUACCAUCAGGAAUAUAGAGAUGGACUCAGCUGCUUCUCCAAACUUAGGACUUGGUGCAGCCAGCUAUGUUGAGGAAUGCAGCUGCCCAGCUGGUUAUACUGGACAUUCUUGCGAGAAAUGUACUGAUGGUUUUGUAAGAUCCAAAAAUGGCCCAUGGUUAGGCCAAUGCAUAGAAGUGACUCGUCAAGAAUGCCAACCAGGCGAAUACGGAGACCCAUCAAGAAAUAUACCAUGCGAACCUUGCCCAUGUCCAUUCACCAACCCGGGACAACAGUUUGCAAGGACUUGUUCGCUGCAUUCUGACGGCGAUGUUCUAUGUCAUUGCCAACCUGGUUAUCAAGGCAGAAGAUGUGAAGUUUGUGCACCUGGGUACCAGGGUAAUCCCUUGAGUGGUGGUACCUGUACUCCUGAGACACCUAGAACGUGCAGUGCUGGGGCUAUACAAACUGCCGAUGGACGUUGUGAAUGCAAGCUGUUCACCACCGGACCAACUUGUUCUGAAUGUAAGCCAAACUCCUUCCAUCUCAGCAGCAAUAACGAUUUUGGAUGUAUACCUUGUCACUGUAUGGACAUUACAGGUCAAUGUUCAAGUUCCACAUGGUUCAGAGAAAAGAUCUACUCCCAAUUCGCAAGAUCCAAUCAAGAAUUUAAUCUCGUCGAAAAAGAAGACCUUGGCUCACCUUUGCCUGUAGAUUUCAACGCUACAAACAGAGCCAUUACAUACGGUGCGUUCCAAAGUUCGAAGACGUACUAUUGGUCGCUACCUUCGAGGUAUCUAGGAAACAAAAUAACUGCUUACGGAGGCAAAUUGCGGUACAAAUUGAAACAUAGUCCGGUUCCUGGUGGCCAAUCGUCCAGAAAUUCAGCUCCUGAUGUUUUAUUGGUCAGCGCUGAUAACAAUAUAAAGUCGAUGUAUUUCUCUAAGGAACAACCUGAUCCGUCCAACCAACCGCAAACGUUUGAAGUACCGAUGUUUGAGCAGUACUGGCAAAGACACGAUGGACAAAAUAUUAACAGAGAGCAUUUAUUGGCGACUUUGGCGGAUUUAUCCGGAAUUUACAUCAAGGCUACUUACUACACAAACACCAGAGAAGCUUCGUUGAUAGAAGUAUCUCUAGAAAUCGCAGUGGAUAGAAAUACGGGUCUUGAAAGAGCAUAUGCAGUAGAACAGUGCCAAUGCCCUGCGGGUUACAAAGGAUUAUCUUGUGAAGAUUGCAACGUUGGUUACAGCAGGAUCAUAAGUGGGCAAUGUAAACCAUGCGAAUGCAAUGGAAACUCGAACGAAUGCGAUCCAGAUUCCGGGGAGUGCAAGAAUUGCAGAAAUAACACCACUGGAGACUCUUGCGAGGAUUGUUUACCUGGUUAUGAUGGCGAUGCUUUAGUUGGCGAUUGUAGACCUUCUGGAGGACCACAGAUUGGAUGUAGAUGUGAUCCCAGAGGAUCUUUGUCUACUGAUUGCUCUUAUGGCACCUGUAGAUGCAAGAAUAAUGUCGAAGGGCCAAACUGCGAUACUUGUAAGUCAAAUACGUUUGGUCUAAGCGCUAACAAAUCACAAGGGUGUGAUGUUUGCUUCUGCUUCGGUAUCAACACUUACUGCGUUGAAAGUAACUUAUACGUUGAGCAAAUACCGAGUCAAAUUUUCGAUGAGAGCCAACACGGAUUUAUCCUAACAGACAUGGAUCGUCUUGAUAGAAUUAACUCCAACUUCCAAAUUUACCCGGCUAUGAAUGAAAUUUCCUACACGUUUGGACCAGGUGAAAGAACCACGUGGUUUUGGUCGCUACCAUCACCCUUUACAGGAAACCACAUAACUUCUUAUGGAGGUAGAUUGGAAUUCACUCAAAGAUACACUCAAUACCCUGGAGGAAGACACGUCCAAGACAGAGACGUCAUCAUCAACGGCCGCAAAAUAUCUUUGAUCUGGACCAACCCUAAUGAAAAAUACGACAAUAACAGAAAUCUUGUCUCGGUCGUCUUAUUACCAGAAGGAGGCUGGAGACGCAUUGACCAAACUGGAACCACCAUGGCGUCUCGUGAAGAUCUUUUGACAGCUCUGUCAGAUAUUGAUUCUAUAUUAAUUAGAGCUUCGCAGUCCAGCAAGACCGAAUCCACAUUUAUAAGUGACUUGGUCUUGGACACAGCUGUCGAACAGCCAACAACCAAAGGCAGAGCGACCUACGUGGAAAAGUGUGGCUGCCCUAAAGGUUACAGAGGAACUUCCUGUGAAUCUUGCGCUUCCGGUUACUACCGCGACGUGAAUGAUUACAGUCAACCUUUGGGAUCGUGUAAAAGGUGUCCAUGCAACGGAAACGAGCAAGGCUGCUCUGUGGGACCAGAUGGUGUAGUUCAAUGUCAUUGCAAACCAGGUUACGGCGGACAACAGUGCUUACCAGGACCAGCAAAUGACCCAGGUCCUAUUAUAAUAACUACCCCGGCUCCCCCUACAAUCUUAGUCAGCAUUUCUACCCCAGCAAUUGCUAUUUUCGCUGUGGGUGGUACAGUGAGAUACAAUUGCUCGGCACAAUCAGUGCAAUAUCCUAGAACCGUCAAAGUUAUAUGGAACAAAGAAGACACACCAUCUCUACCGGAUAGAGCCAUUGACAAUGGUAAAGGUAUUUUAACAAUCACAGACCUUAGGGAAACCGAUUCUGGAAACUACAUUUGCGAAGCCUAUGAUGGUUACAACAUUGUUACCAGUCAUGUAAAACUUGUUGUUGGAGGACCAGCAAAUGACCCAGGUCCUAUUAUAAUAACUACCCCGGCUCCCCCUACAAUCUUAGUCAGCAUUUCUACCCCAGCAAUUGCUAUUUUCGCUGUGGGUGGUACAGUGAGAUACAAUUGCUCGGCACAAUCAGUGCAAUAUCCUAGAAUCGUCAAAGUUUUAUGGAACAAAGAAGACACACCAUCUCUACCGGAUAGAGCCAUUGACAAUGGUAAAGGUAUUUUAACAAUCACAGACCUUAGGGAAACCGAUUCUGGAAACUACAUUUGCGAAGCCUAUGAUGGUUACAACAUUGUUACCAGUCAUGUAAAACUUGUUGUUGGAGGACCAGCAAAUGACCCAGGUCCUAUUAUAAUAACUACCCCGGCUCCCCCUACAAUCUUAGUCAGCAUUUCUACCCCAGCAAUUGCUAUUUUCGCUGUGGGUGGUACAGUGAGAUACAAUUGCUCGGCACAAUCAGUGCAAUAUCCUAGAAUCGUCAAAGUUUUAUGGAACAAAGAAGACACACCAUCUCUACCGGAUAGAGCCAUUGACAAUGGUAAAGGUAUUUUAACAAUCACAGACCUUAGGGAAACCGAUUCUGGAAACUACAUUUGCGAAGCCUAUGAUGGUUACAACAUUGUUACCAGUCAUGUAAAACUUGUUGUUGGAGGUGAAGAUCAGUCAUCAUCAAAUCCAGGAUACAAAGAUUUAUACCCGCGUCAACGUCAUCACCAAAGAGUUGUUUCCGCAGUAGGACGUCCAGCUCAACUAAAAUGCAGAGUAGACAACCGUAUUGAACAAACAGAUAUUAUUUGGUUACGCGGUAAUAAUUCUUCUAUACCCAGAGAAGCUUACAUCAAACAAGACACGUUAUAUUUCGAUAAUGCUCAGCCUUCAUCAGCUGGCAAAUACAAAUGUAUUGGAUUAGAUUCUCAAACUAAAAGAGAGUUGUUCAUGUUCUCUUGGUAUUUGGACAUUAUUUCUCCACCGAGGAUAACUCUUGACCCAGUAAGGCAGGUUGUGAGUCCCGGCCAGGACGCUUCGAUUCAAUGUACAGCAGUUGGUGAUCAACCAAUGCAAAUCUGGUGGACACCCAUGAAUCGCAGCAUGCCUUCUUCUGUCACCACAAAAGACGGUUUCAUGCAAUUUAGCAGAAUUCAGUUCCAAGAUCAGGGCAGAUACGUUUGCAGGGCUAGAAACAGCGCUGGUGAAGCUGAUGCCACAGCUGAUGUCAUUGUAGAAGUCAGCAUUUCUACCCCAGGAAUUGCUAUUUUCGCUGUGGGAGGCACAGUGAGAUACAAUUGCUCGGCAAAAUCAAUGCAAUAUCCUAGAACCUUCAAAGUUUUAUGGAACAAAGAAGACACACCAUCUCUACCGGAUAGAGCCAUUGACGAUGGUAAAGGUAUUUUAACAAUCACAGACCUUAGGGAAACUGAUUCUGGAAACUACAUUUGCAAAGCCUACGAUGAUUAUAACAUUGUUACCAUUCAUGUAAAACUUGUUGUUGGAGAAAAUGUUCAAGGUCCGGUUAUAAUAGCAAACAAAAAACAAUUGAGAGCCUAUGUAGGCACAAACACGGAGCUGCGUUGCCAAGCCCAAGACCCCAACGCUAGAAUCAAAUGGUACAGAGAAUCCACAGUUUUGCCGAUUAAUUCCAGAGUAGACAGAGGUUCCUUGACCCUGUACAACGUUCAGCCUGAAGAUGGCGGCAGAUAUUACUGCGAAAUCGAAGGCGAACAAUCGAACGAUUUCACCGACUUGAUCAUAGUCAGGCCUGCCCUUAUCGAAGCUGCUCAACCAACCCUUGACAUUUACCCAACCAAAGAAGAUUACAGAGCGGGCGAAACAGUGCAAAUUUCUUGUCACGCAAGCGAAAAAGGCGUAAUCACAACUUGGUCCAAACCAGGCAGUUUUAUAUCGGAGAAUGUGAAAAUUGAAGGUUCAAAUCUAAUAAUUUACGAUUUAAGACGGGAAAACGGCGGAAGAUACAGAUGCGAGGCUACCGGAUACCAAGGGGUGUACCACAAGGAUCAGUACAUCAAUGUUAUUGAAGAACAUAAAGACGAACCAAAAAUCCAAACCAAAACAGCCGUGAGAGGUACCACCAUACUACUGGACUGUAAUGUCACAUUACCAAGCCCUAUAACAUAUUUGUGGACCAAACAGGGUGGCCAACUGCCUCAAUCAGUCAAUAUAUACAACAGAUCCAUAAUUAUUCAUGACGUAGGAAGUAGCGAUGCUGGUACUUACAUUUGUGCAGCCAGCAGUGGAAAUCAAAAGAUAGAAACGCCCAUUAAAUUGACCGUGACUGGAAUCGUACCAUACUUUGCCCAAGCACCUAACAGCUACAUAUCACUACCAACGCUACCUGACGCAUUUGCUCAGUUCAGCUUCGAGAUUUCGUUUAAACCAGAGAAUGGACAUGGGUUGAUUCUCUACAACGGUGAAGGUGGUAAUGACAGAAGCAAAGAUUUUAUAUCGUUAUCACUGGUUAAUUCAGUACCAGAAUUCAAGUACAGUUUGGACCAAAAUACCGUCACAGUAUUGGGUGAUAGACCAAUUACCAACAGACAAUGGCACACAGUUAAAAUCGUACGCAACAGACGUAAAGUACUUAUGUACGUUGAUGGAGAAGGUCCAUUUAUUGGAAAUGCAGCUGGUAGACAUAUAGGUUUGAGCCUUAAAGAACCUCUUUACCUUGGUGGCGUACCAAACAUGAACCAAAUUCAUCCAGACGUCAAAAUGGACACAGGUUUCGUAGGAUGUAUAAGCCUCUUCAAAAACGGACAAGCCCAUUGGGAUAUCCAGAAGGAAGCCAUAGAGAAGUACAAAAUCACGUCGUGUGAAACUUGCGCUGAAAAUAAGUGCCAGAAUAACGGUGUUUGUCAGGAAAAUUUGUCCAAGGAAGGCUACACUUGCUUGUGCUCAAAUGCUUAUAGCGGACCUACUUGCAAUAAGCCCAAAGGACAAGCUUGUUCACCAAUGAUCUGUGGAAGCGGCAAAUGCGUCGACACUGAAGCCAGCUUCGAAUGCCAUUGUCCUAUAGGCUACUCAGGACCACGUUGCGAGAAAGAAAUAACCGUGAUUGAACCAUCGUUUAAAAACAACGCCUACAUCGCUUACCCAGCACCGAAAAUCCAGCGCCACAUCAAAAUCAUGAUGAAGUUCAAGCCGAAAACCGUAGAGGACGGAAUCUUGUUCUACGUAGCAGAAACUGAAGAAAAACACGGCGAAUUCUUGUCCUUGGCCAUCAAAGACAAGCAUUUGGAGUUCAGAUUCGAUGCGGGCAGCGGAAUGGUACUUUUGAGACAAGAAAACGAGUUGGUACCCGACGAAUGGGCUGUUCUGACUGCCACAAGGUUCAGUCAGAUGGCCAGGCUUGUGGUUAACGGUGCUUCAGUUAUUCACAACGAUAAAAACAGAAAGGUCUUGAAUUUGUUCACGCCUGCUUAUGUUGGCGGAUACGACAAGGCUAGAGUCAAGUUGAACAGUGGAGUUGGAGUGGAAGAUGGGUUCAAUGGGUGCAUAUCUCAGGUAUGUUUUGCUUUUUUAUUUGCAUUGUGUGCCACUGACGCAUCAAACGUAGAACAAUGCAUGGAAGAAGAAGAAGACUUCGACAACAACAUCUACACACCGUCCGGCAACACCGAAGGUCAUGACGUCACUUACACGCACACAGGGUGUUCCAGCAAUCCCUGUCAACACGGUGAAUGCUUCCCCCUAUCGCCUGUAGACUACCAGUGCAGUUGUAAGCAAGGGUAUAGCGGAAAGAACUGCGAUAUUUUGAAUUCGUGUCAAAAUGAUCCUUGUAAAAAUGGGGGAACUUGCAGAGAAACAUCUAGUUCAUACACUUGUGACUGUCUUUUAGGAUAUACCGGAGGAGAUUGUGACCAAAGAACCGAGCUGAGAAACGACGUACAUUUCGAUGGUGCGGGUUACUUGGAGUUCAGCAAGGAAUUGUUGGAAGAAAAAGAUACCAAUACAGAGCAAAUAAUAGCUAUGGAGUUGUCUACAAAUCAUAGCAAUGGUUUAAUAUUUUGGCAUGGUCAAAAACCAAAUGAAGACGGUCAAGGCAAAGACUACAUCUCUUUAGCUUUGGUAAAUGGUUACUUGGAAUAUAGCUACGAUUUAGGUUCAGGACCAGCCAUCAUAAGAAACUCCAAAGUGAAGGUGGAUGACAAUGAAAGACACAGUGUCAUUCUGAAACGUGUUGGUCAAAGAGGAUCGAUAGAAAUCGAUCAUCAAUACAUGGUAGACGGCGAAUCUGAAGGAUUACAAGGAUUUUUAAACGCUCACGGCAAUAUUUACCUAGGAGGAACACCCAAUAUACCAUUAAUGACAAGCAAUAGGGUGCAAACCGGUUUUGUGGGCUGCAUCCAUGGGUUUGAGCUUCAAGAAUCUAGAACCAUCGAUUUAGGAGUUAAGGCUAUUAAUGGAGUCAACGCCAAGCCUUGUUCAAGAGAUAUUAACGGAAGAUUGGAAAUGCCAGAAAUUAAAGUCGAACACGGCGGAACUUACAUAUGUCAAGUUUUUGGCUCUUAUUCUCCAUCGCAAGGAGAGCAGACCAUCCCUGUACAUUUGAAAGUGAACAAAUGGGCACGACCACAACCACCACCACGUCCAGAAUGUGCCAGUCCCUUCCAAACUCGUUGUGCUAACGGGGAGUGUAUUAAUAAAUCUCAAGUUUGCAAUAAUGUAUGGGAUUGUACUGAUGGCUCAGAUGAAAGUAGAUGCAAUCCUGACGGUUCAUGCGAUCCCAACGAGUUCACCUGCAGUAACAAAAAAUGCGUCUUGGUGACAUGGGUGUGCGACGGAGACGAUGAUUGUGGUGAUGGAAGCGACGAACAAAGUUGCCCCGUGGCGCCUCCAAACAGCACGUGCCAGAAUCACCAGUUCGAAUGCGCCAACAAGGCCCAAUGCAUACCCAAGGGAUACCAUUGCGAUAUGGAUAACGACUGUACCGAUGGAAGUGACGAAUGGGGAUGUGCCUCUCCUGUUAUCUCAAGACCUCCUCAACCAAUGGUUACAUUGCCACCAGGGGAAACUUUCACAGUAAAUUGUACAGCCGUCGGUGUUCCAGUACCACAAAUAGUGUGGCGUUUGAAUUGGAAACACAUUCCCGAAAAAUGUUCAUUCACCAACGAUAAAGGUACUAGCGUUUUGACGUGUCCAGAUAUUCAGGAACAAGAUCAAGGAGCAUAUUCUUGCGAGUCCAUUAACAUUAAGGGUUCCAAGUUUGCUACACCCGAUACUAUUUUGAUUGUGCAAGGGGAGAAAGUAUGUAGACUUGGUUACUUCAACGCAGCAGCCAGGGAUGCUACUGAGUGUAUUAAGUGUUUCUGUUUUGGUCAUGCUGUUACAUGUAGAUCUGCAGAUCUAUACAUAUUCCAGUUACCAGCACCUUUCGCCACCUUAAACCUAUUGGGUGUAAGUGUGAACCCCAAUAAUGAAGAUGUUCAAGUUAGAGAUGAACCAAUUUACAGAGGCGUAAAACCUUCGUUAAAUGCAGUAGGUCGCAAUGGAGUACAAGUAUCGUUACCACCUCAUAUUCAAUCCGAUCAGGACAAUUUAUACCCUUACUUUACAAUGCCUGAAAACUAUCACGGACCACAACUUAACAGCUACGGCGGAUAUCUCAGAUAUAACAUCGAGCAUUCAAACAGAGGUUAUCCUAGUAGAGGCCCUGAUGUUAUUCUUUCUGGUAAGGGUUACACCCUCCUACACGAAUCCAGACAAGAAAGACCAAGAGAAUUCGUCACCACGCGUAUGGAAGUCAGAUUCUUUGCUGGGGAAUGGAUGAAAGUUGAAAAUGGACGUCAAAAACCCGCUACAAGAGAGGAAAUCAUGAUGACUCUUGCCAACGUAGAGAACAUUCUAUUGAAAGUGAAAUACAACGAAGAAGGCCAGUUGAACACUACCAUCAGGAAUAUAGAGAUGGACUCAGCUGCUUCUCCAAACUUAGGACUUGGUGCAGCCAGCUAUGUUGAGGAAUGCAGCUGCCCAGCUGGUUAUACUGGACAUUCUUGCGAGAAAUGUACUGAUGGUUUUGUAAGAUCCAAAAAUGGCCCAUGGUUAGGCCAAUGCAUAGAAGUGACUCGUCAAGAAUGCCAACCAGGCGAAUACGGAGACCCAUCAAGAAAUAUACCAUGCGAACCUUGCCCAUGUCCAUUCACCAACCCGGGACAACAGUUUGCAAGGACUUGUUCGCUGCAUUCUGACGGCGAUGUUCUAUGUCAUUGCCAACCUGGUUAUCAAGGCAGAAGAUGUGAAGUUUGUGCACCUGGGUACCAGGGUAAUCCCUUGAGUGGUGGUACCUGUACUCCUGAGACACCUAGAACGUGCAGUGCUGGGGCUAUACAAACUGCCGAUGGACGUUGUGAAUGCAAGCUGUUCACCACCGGACCAACUUGUUCUGAAUGUAAGCCAAACUCCUUCCAUCUCAGCAGCAAUAACGAUUUUGGAUGUAUACCUUGUCACUGUAUGGACAUUACAGGUCAAUGUUCAAGUUCCACAUGGUUCAGAGAAAAGAUCUACUCCCAAUUCGCAAGAUCCAAUCAAGAAUUUAAUCUCGUCGAAAAAGAAGACCUUGGCUCACCUUUGCCUGUAGAUUUCAACGCUACAAACAGAGCCAUUACAUACGGUGCGUUCCAAAGUUCGAAGACGUACUAUUGGUCGCUACCUUCGAGGUAUCUAGGAAACAAAAUAACUGCUUACGGAGGCAAAUUGCGGUACAAAUUGAAACAUAGUCCGGUUCCUGGUGGCCAAUCGUCCAGAAAUUCAGCUCCUGAUGUUUUAUUGGUCAGCGCUGAUAACAAUAUAAAGUCGAUGUAUUUCUCUAAGGAACAACCUGAUCCGUCCAACCAACCGCAAACGUUUGAAGUACCGAUGUUUGAGCAGUACUGGCAAAGACACGAUGGACAAAAUAUUAACAGAGAGCAUUUAUUGGCGACUUUGGCGGAUUUAUCCGGAAUUUACAUCAAGGCUACUUACUACACAAACACCAGAGAAGCUUCGUUGAUAGAAGUAUCUCUAGAAAUCGCAGUGGAUAGAAAUACGGGUCUUGAAAGAGCAUAUGCAGUAGAACAGUGCCAAUGCCCUGCGGGUUACAAAGGAUUAUCUUGUGAAGAUUGCAACGUUGGUUACAGCAGGAUCAUAAGUGGGCAAUGUAAACCAUGCGAAUGCAAUGGAAACUCGAACGAAUGCGAUCCAGAUUCCGGGGAGUGCAAGAAUUGCAGAAAUAACACCACUGGAGACUCUUGCGAGGAUUGUUUACCUGGUUAUGAUGGCGAUGCUUUAGUUGGCGAUUGUAGACCUUCUGGAGGACCACAGAUUGGAUGUAGAUGUGAUCCCAGAGGAUCUUUGUCUACUGAUUGCUCUUAUGGCACCUGUAGAUGCAAGAAUAAUGUCGAAGGGCCAAACUGCGAUACUUGUAAGUCAAAUACGUUUGGUCUAAGCGCUAACAAAUCACAAGGGUGUGAUGUUUGCUUCUGCUUCGGUAUCAACACUUACUGCGUUGAAAGUAACUUAUACGUUGAGCAAAUACCGAGUCAAAUUUUCGAUGAGAGCCAACACGGAUUUAUCCUAACAGACAUGGAUCGUCUUGAUAGAAUUAACUCCAACUUCCAAAUUUACCCGGCUAUGAAUGAAAUUUCCUACACGUUUGGACCAGGUGAAAGAACCACGUGGUUUUGGUCGCUACCAUCACCCUUUACAGGAAACCACAUAACUUCUUAUGGAGGUAGAUUGGAAUUCACUCAAAGAUACACUCAAUACCCUGGAGGAAGACACGUCCAAGACAGAGACGUCAUCAUCAACGGCCGCAAAAUAUCUUUGAUCUGGACCAACCCUAAUGAAAAAUACGACAAUAACAGAAAUCUUGUCUCGGUCGUCUUAUUACCAGAAGGAGGCUGGAGACGCAUUGACCAAACUGGAACCACCAUGGCGUCUCGUGAAGAUCUUUUGACAGCUCUGUCAGAUAUUGAUUCUAUAUUAAUUAGAGCUUCGCAGUCCAGCAAGACCGAAUCCACAUUUAUAAGUGACUUGGUCUUGGACACAGCUGUCGAACAGCCAACAACCAAAGGCAGAGCGACCUACGUGGAAAAGUGUGGCUGCCCUAAAGGUUACAGAGGAACUUCCUGUGAAUCUUGCGCUUCCGGUUACUACCGCGACGUGAAUGAUUACAGUCAACCUUUGGGAUCGUGUAAAAGGUGUCCAUGCAACGGAAACGAGCAAGGCUGCUCUGUGGGACCAGAUGGUGUAGUUCAAUGUCAUUGCAAACCAGGUUACGGCGGACAACAGUGCUUACCAGGACCAGCAAAUGACCCAGGUCCUAUUAUAAUAACUACCCCGGCUCCCCCUACAAUCUUAGUCAGCAUUUCUACCCCAGCAAUUGCUAUUUUCGCUGUGGGUGGUACAGUGAGAUACAAUUGCUCGGCACAAUCAGUGCAAUAUCCUAGAACCGUCAAAGUUAUAUGGAACAAAGAAGACACACCAUCUCUACCGGAUAGAGCCAUUGACAAUGGUAAAGGUAUUUUAACAAUCACAGACCUUAGGGAAACCGAUUCUGGAAACUACAUUUGCGAAGCCUAUGAUGGUUACAACAUUGUUACCAGUCAUGUAAAACUUGUUGUUGGAGGACCAGCAAAUGACCCAGGUCCUAUUAUAAUAACUACCCCGGCUCCCCCUACAAUCUUAGUCAGCAUUUCUACCCCAGCAAUUGCUAUUUUCGCUGUGGGUGGUACAGUGAGAUACAAUUGCUCGGCACAAUCAGUGCAAUAUCCUAGAAUCGUCAAAGUUUUAUGGAACAAAGAAGACACACCAUCUCUACCGGAUAGAGCCAUUGACAAUGGUAAAGGUAUUUUAACAAUCACAGACCUUAGGGAAACCGAUUCUGGAAACUACAUUUGCGAAGCCUAUGAUGGUUACAACAUUGUUACCAGUCAUGUAAAACUUGUUGUUGGAGGACCAGCAAAUGACCCAGGUCCUAUUAUAAUAACUACCCCGGCUCCCCCUACAAUCUUAGUCAGCAUUUCUACCCCAGCAAUUGCUAUUUUCGCUGUGGGUGGUACAGUGAGAUACAAUUGCUCGGCACAAUCAGUGCAAUAUCCUAGAAUCGUCAAAGUUUUAUGGAACAAAGAAGACACACCAUCUCUACCGGAUAGAGCCAUUGACAAUGGUAAAGGUAUUUUAACAAUCACAGACCUUAGGGAAACCGAUUCUGGAAACUACAUUUGCGAAGCCUAUGAUGGUUACAACAUUGUUACCAGUCAUGUAAAACUUGUUGUUGGAGGUGAAGAUCAGUCAUCAUCAAAUCCAGGAUACAAAGAUUUAUACCCGCGUCAACGUCAUCACCAAAGAGUUGUUUCCGCAGUAGGACGUCCAGCUCAACUAAAAUGCAGAGUAGACAACCGUAUUGAACAAACAGAUAUUAUUUGGUUACGCGGUAAUAAUUCUUCUAUACCCAGAGAAGCUUACAUCAAACAAGACACGUUAUAUUUCGAUAAUGCUCAGCCUUCAUCAGCUGGCAAAUACAAAUGUAUUGGAUUAGAUUCUCAAACUAAAAGAGAGUUGUUCAUGUUCUCUUGGUAUUUGGACAUUAUUUCUCCACCGAGGAUAACUCUUGACCCAGUAAGGCAGGUUGUGAGUCCCGGCCAGGACGCUUCGAUUCAAUGUACAGCAGUUGGUGAUCAACCAAUGCAAAUCUGGUGGACACCCAUGAAUCGCAGCAUGCCUUCUUCUGUCACCACAAAAGACGGUUUCAUGCAAUUUAGCAGAAUUCAGUUCCAAGAUCAGGGCAGAUACGUUUGCAGGGCUAGAAACAGCGCUGGUGAAGCUGAUGCCACAGCUGAUGUCAUUGUAGAAGUCAGCAUUUCUACCCCAGGAAUUGCUAUUUUCGCUGUGGGAGGCACAGUGAGAUACAAUUGCUCGGCAAAAUCAAUGCAAUAUCCUAGAACCUUCAAAGUUUUAUGGAACAAAGAAGACACACCAUCUCUACCGGAUAGAGCCAUUGACGAUGGUAAAGGUAUUUUAACAAUCACAGACCUUAGGGAAACUGAUUCUGGAAACUACAUUUGCAAAGCCUACGAUGAUUAUAACAUUGUUACCAUUCAUGUAAAACUUGUUGUUGGAGAAAAUGUUCAAGGUCCGGUUAUAAUAGCAAACAAAAAACAAUUGAGAGCCUAUGUAGGCACAAACACGGAGCUGCGUUGCCAAGCCCAAGACCCCAACGCUAGAAUCAAAUGGUACAGAGAAUCCACAGUUUUGCCGAUUAAUUCCAGAGUAGACAGAGGUUCCUUGACCCUGUACAACGUUCAGCCUGAAGAUGGCGGCAGAUAUUACUGCGAAAUCGAAGGCGAACAAUCGAACGAUUUCACCGACUUGAUCAUAGUCAGUGAAUUCCGAAGAAUUCGUGUGCCGGAGUUUGGAGUGCAUAGUAUGCCCAAGUACAAGUUGUGCGAUUCAGUACCGGAUUGUCGCGACGGAAGCGACGAAAAGUUUUGCCCGGCCAGGAUACGACGUGGGCCUGCCCUUAUCGAAGCUGCUCAACCAACCCUUGACAUUUACCCAACCAAAGAAGAUUACAGAGCGGGCGAAACAGUGCAAAUUUCUUGUCACGCAAGCGAAAAAGGCGUAAUUACAACUUGGUCCAAACCAGGCAGUUUUAUAUCUGAAAAUGUGAAAAUUGAAGGUUCAAAUCUAAUAAUUUACGGUUUAAGACGGGAAAAUGGCGGAAGAUACAGAUGCGAGGCUACCGGAUACCAAGGGGUGUACCACAAGGAUCAGUACAUCAAUGUUAUUGACGAACCAAAAAUCCAAACCAAAACAGCCGUGAGAGGUACCACCAUACUACUGGACUGUAAUGUCACAUUACCAAGCCCUAUAACAUAUUUGUGGACCAAACAGGGUGGCCAACUGCCUCAAUCCGUCAAUAUAUACAACAGAUCCAUAAUUAUUCAUGACGUAGGAAGUAGCGAUGCUGGUACUUACAUUUGUGCAGCCAGCAGUGGAAAUCAAAAGAUAGAAACGCCCAUUAAAUUGACCGUCACUGGAAUCGUACCAUACUUUGCCCAAGCACCUAACAGCUACAUAUCACUACCAACGCUACCUGACGCGUUUGCUCAGUUCAGUUUCGAGAUUUCGUUUAAACCAGAGAAUGGACACGGGUUGAUUCUCUACAACGGAGAAGGUGGUAAUGACAGAAGCAAAGAUUUUAUAUCGUUAUCACUGGUUAAUUCAGUGCCAGAAUUCAAGUACAGUUUGGACCAAAAUACCGUCACAGUAUUGGGUGAUAGACCAAUUAGCAACAGACAAUGGCACACAGUUAAAAUCGUACGCAACAGACGUAAAGUACUUAUGUACGUUGAUGGAGAAGGUCCAUUUAUUGGAAAUGCAGCUGGUAGACAUAUAGGUUUGAGCCUUAAGGAACCUCUUUACCUUGGUGGCGUACCAAACAUGAACCAAAUUCAUCCAGACGUCAAAAUGGACACAGGUUUCGUAGGAUGUAUAAGCCUCUUCAAAAACGGUCAAGCCCAUUGGGAUAUCCAGAAGGAAGCCAUAGAGAAGUACAAGAUCACGUCGUGUGAAACUUGCGCUGAAAAUAAGUGCCAGAAUAACGGUGUUUGUCAGGAAAAUUUGUCCAAGGAAGGCUACACUUGCUUGUGUUCAAAUGCUUAUAGCGGACCUACUUGCAAUAAGCCCAAAGGACAAGCUUGUUCACCAAUGAUCUGUGGAAGCGGCAAAUGCGUCGACACUGAAGCCAGCUUUGAAUGCCAUUGUCCUAUAGGCUACUCAGGACCACGUUGCGAGAAAGAAAUAACCGUGAUUGAACCAUCGUUUAAAAACAACGCCUACAUCGCUUACCCAGCACCGAAAAUCCAGCGCCACAUCAAAAUCAUGAUGAAGUUCAAGCCGAAAACCGUAGAGGACGGAAUCUUGUUCUACGUAGCAGAAACUGAAGAAAAACACGGCGAAUUCUUGUCCUUGGCCAUCAAAGACAAGCAUUUGGAGUUCAGAUUCGAUGCGGGCAGCGGAAUGGUACUUUUGAGACAAGAAAACGAGUUGGUACCCGACGAAUGGGCAGUUUUGACUGCCACAAGGUUCAGUCAGAUGGCCAGGCUUGUGGUUAACGGUGCUUCAGUUAUUCACAACGACAAAAACAGAAAGGUUUUGAAUUUGUUCACGCCUGCUUAUGUUGGCGGAUACGACAAGGCUAGAGUCAAGUUGAACAGUGGAGUUGGAGUGGAAGAUGGGUUCAAUGGGUGCAUAUCUCAGGUAGGUUUUGCUUUUUUAUUUGCAGUGUGUGCCACUGAUGCAUCAAACGUAGAACAAUGCAUGGAAGAGGAAGAAGACUUCGACAACAACAUCUACACACCGUCCGGCAACACCGAAGGUCAUGACGUUACUUACACGCACACAGGGUGUUCCAGCAAUCCCUGUCAACACGGUGAAUGCUUCCCCCUAUCGCCUGUAGACUACCAGUGCAGUUGUAAGCAAGGGUAUAGCGGAAAGAACUGCGAUAUUUUGAAUUCGUGUCAAAAUGAUCCUUGUAAAAAUGGAGGAACUUGCAGAGAAACAUCUAGUUCAUACACUUGUGACUGUCUUUUAGGAUAUACCGGAGGAGAUUGUGACCAAAGAACUGAGCUGAGAAACGACGUACAUUUCGAUGGUGCGGGGUACUUGGAGUUCAGCAAGGAAUUGUUGGAAGAAAAAGAUACCAAUACAGAGCAAAUAAUAGCGAUGGAGUUGUCUACAAAUCAUAGCAAUGGUUUAAUAUUUUGGCAUGGUCAAAAACCAAAUGAAGACGGUCAAGGCAAAGACUACAUCUCUUUAGCCUUGGUAAAUGGUUACUUGGAAUAUAGCUACGAUUUAGGUUCAGGACCAGCUAUCAUAAGAAACUCCAAAGUCAAGGUGGAUGACAAUGAAAGACACAGCGUCAUUCUGAAACGUCUUGGUCAAAGAGGAUCGAUAGAAAUCGAUCAUCAAUACAUGGUAGACGGCGAAUCUGAAGGAUUACAAGGAUUUUUAAACGCUCACGGCAAUAUUUACCUAGGAGGAACACCCAAUAUACCAUUAAUGACAAGCAAUAGGGUGCAAACCGGUUUUGUGGGCUGCAUCCAUGGGUUUGAGCUUCAAGAAUCUAGAACCAUCGAUUUAGGAGUUAAGGCCAUUAAUGGAGUCAACGCCAAGCCUUGUUCAAGGUAA